AUGUCCCUCUCCAUCCUCCCCGUAUCCCUCCUCUGCUUCCUCCUCUACAAGUACCUCCUCCACCCGUACUUCCUCUCCCCCCUCGCCUCUAUCCCCAACGCCCACCCCACCUCCCCCAUAACCUCAAGAUGGAUCACCGCCAAACGCACCAGCACCCAAGAAGUUCACACCAUCUACGCUGCCCACCGCCGACUAGGCCCGAUCAUCCGUCUCGGCCCAAAUGAACUAAGCAUCAACUCCCUCUUCGGCCUCCGCAUUAUCUACACCGGCGCAUUCGAAAAACACUCCUUCUACAGCGACGCCUUUAUCAACUUCCACACCCCGAAUCUCGUGGGGAUGUUGCCUAAUAAACAGCACGCGCACCAGAAACGAAUGCUCAGUAGCAUAUACGCGAAAUCAUACCUCCAGAAUUCAUCUGAUCUCCGAGUGUUCUCGACACAUAUUCUCCGAAACAGACUGUUCCCCAUAUUAAACAACUUAGCACACACGAAAGGAACCGUCAAUGUACUCCCAUUAUUCCAAGCCGUGGGGAUGGAUUUUACCUCUGCGUUUCUGUUCGGGUUGCGCAAUUCGACGAGAUAUGUGCUUAACCUCGGGGAAUGGAAGGACUGGUUAGCCGAAUAUGAGCGGUUCAAGCACCAAUCUCGCGAGGAACGGUAUCGUGGAUUCAUUGAGAAUUGGUGUUUGGGGUUGUGUGAGAAGAUGCAGAAUCUCGCACGGAAGGAGGAUCAGCAGGUUCCCGCUACCGAAGCAGUGGUGUUUACUCGGCUCAAGACAGAGUUGGAGAAAUCUCCUGAUGACAGACCGUUGGAUUUGGCUAUCGCGUCGGAGCUGCUUGAUCAUUUGGUGGCUGGACAUGAGACCUCGGGAAUUACGUUUACGUAUAUUAUGUGGGAGAUGUCGAAGAGGCCGGAGUUGCAGGCGAGAUUGAGGGAGGAGGUGAGGUCGUUGUCGGGGUCGUUGAAGUAUGCAGAGAGGAAUGAGGAGCUCCCUCGUCUGUCGGAUAUUGAUGGACUGCCUUUGCUGGAUGCGAUUGUGCGGGAGACGCUCCGUCUGCAUGCUCCUGCUCCGGCGCAGCUACCAAGAGUGACCCCUCCGGAGGGGACAUGGUUGCAUGGAUAUAGGAUUCCUGGGGGAGUGCAGGUGAGUUCGUCUGCGUAUUCGUUGCAUCGGAUUGAGGAGGUCUUUCCGUCGCCAGAGGAGUGGAUUCCCUCGAGGUGGAUGGACGUGGAGGAUGGGAAGAUCCAUGAUAUGAGGAGGUUAUUUUGGGCGUUUGGAAGUGGGGGGAGGAUGUGUCUGGGGAGUAACUUUGCAUUGCUGGAGAUCAAAAUGGUCAUGGCGGCGGUGUAUGCCAAUUAUACUACGAAAGUGGUGGAUGAUGAGGGCAUUGAGCAGAAUCUGGAGUUUAUUGCGUUGCCCAGGGGGAGGAAGUUGGUGGUGCGGUUUGUUCCGGUUGAGGGGCAGCCAGUUGAGGACAUUCACACCGACUGA